CACUUCCCUCUUCUGCUUCCAGCGAUGGCGUCUGCUGAUCUGAGACAGGAGCUGGACUGUUCCAUCUGCCUGAGCAUUUAUACAGAUCCUGUAACCAUGAGAUGUGGCCACAACUUCUGCAGGGUCUGUAUUGAUCAUAUGCUGGAUACACAGGAGGAAUGGAAAGAAGCGUAUACUUGUCCUGAAUGCAGAGCAACGUCCCGAAGACGUCCUGUACUGCAGAGGAACAUAACGCUGUGUAACAUAGUGGGGAGUUUCCAGUCUACUUGGCCAGAUCAGGAGGAGACUGGGAUCUUCUGCACUUACUGUAUUCACUCUCCUGUACCUGCUGCUAAAUCCUGUCUGCUGUGUGAGGCUUCUCUGUGUGAUAAACACCUGAGAGUACACAGCAAGUCAUCAGAGCACGUCUUAUGUGAUCCCACCACUGCCCUGGGGAACAGGAAAUGCUCCGUCCAUAAGAAGAUCCUGGAGUAUUACUGCACUGAGGAUGCUGCCUGUAUCUGUGUGUCCUGCAGGCUGGAUGGAGAACAUCUGGGACACAAUGUGGAGUCUCUGGAUGAGGCCUCUGAGAAGAAGAAGGAGAAGCUGAGAAAUGUUCUUCAGAAACUGACCACAAAGAGAGCAGAGACUGAGAAAAGAGUGCAGAGUCUGCAGGAGUGCAGGAGAGAAGAUCAGGGAAAAGCAGCUGGUGUAACAGAGACAGUCACUGCCCUGUUUAGAGACAUCAGGAGACAGCUGGAAGACCUGGAGAAGAGAGUCCUGAGUGAGAUCUCCAGGCAGGAACAGCGCGUUUCACUCUCAGUCUCUGAUCUGAUCCAGCAGCUGGAAAUAAAGAAGGACGAGCUGUCCGGGAAGAUGCGUCACAUUGAGGAGCUGUGUAACAUGUCUGAUCCAGUGACUGUCUUACAGGAACCAGACACCGGGGACUUGUGUGAUACUGAGGACACAGGGGGAUAUGAUACCCAGGUCCGUGGUGCAGGACAUCUGGAUGUGGGUCUCAUCUCAGGGUCAUUACACACAUUAUCUGAUAUAAUAACAGGUAUAAAUACAGGGAUAUAUGUGCAGCAACCUACAGACCUAUUACUGGAUGUGACCACAGCUGGUAAUAAUAUACAGAUAUCAGGUGACCAGAAAUCUGCAUCCUGGUCACAUAGAAACCUGAAUCACCCAGUAACACCAGAGAGAUUUGAGGAUGAUCAGGUAAUAAGCACCAGGGGAUUCUCCUCAGGGCGACAUUACUGGGAGGUGGAUGUCAGUAAGUCAGUGAUGUGGAGGGUGGGGAUGUGUUAUCCCAGUAUAGACAGGAGAGAAUGGCAGUCAGACAUUGGAUAUAAUAACAAGUCCUGGUGUCUGUGUAGGUAUAAUAAUCAGUACUCAGUGAUACAUGACAGUACAGUGAUCCAGUUACCUGAAGAUAUCCCCUGUGACAGAGUGAGGGUAUAUCUGGAUUAUGAGGCAGGACAGAUGUCCUUUUAUUCUCUGUGUGACCCCAUCAGACACUUACACACCUACACUGCCACCCUUACUGAGCCCCUCCAUGCUGCAUUAUGGGUAGGGAGAGGUUCUAUAACUAUAUGUGGGGGAGUCAGGAGCUGGGAGACAUUACCAUAGGAAAUCCUCCCAAAGACUGGUGACAUCACAGGGAGGGGAAUAUGAUUAAUGGAGCACUCAGCCAAUAGAAUGCAGCAGUAGGUGGAGCUAUAGCUGAGCCCCUCCCCCUCUGUGACCAGUGGGUAUGGAGCUGUUCCCUUAUUGGUGAGUUGCUGUCAUUAUAACUAUAUAAAUACACAUCUCUGCCUCUGACACCUGUGAUUGGCUGGAAUAUCUGUCAGUGUGCUGAUGUCAGUAUAGUGUGAUGGUGACAUUAAGAGUGACAUCAUUGUGACUACAUCCCCGGCCCAUCACCACACACCUGUCCAUAGGGAGGACAGUCCAGCACUAUUUUAUCUAUGUAAUAUUUGCUGAAUUCCUUAAUAUAAAACAUUUGGCCUCGGAGUCCUGUGAGUAAAAUGCUGAUACUCUAGGGCGCUGCGAUUCAGUAACACUGAGACCACUGGUGCCCCCUAUUACUGUAGUCAGAGCUACACUCGCUCGCACUGGGUGUUAUGUGUGUAGGGGGAGAAUGGGGCGGUGACUGUGUAAAGCUCCGCCUACUGGGAACUGUAACAAAAGCCGAUGUUUCUUACAUAACACAUGAUUGGCUGGACAGCUCCUAACUGCAUGAUGCCUCAUUGCUUAUCUGUAUUAUCUUAUGCAGGAAUCACAAUGUAUAAUGACUGUUUAUGUGCUCACCAUUAUACAAGUAUAGUACAAAUUAUACAGCGCUCUCUCUUUACAUCGCGCCCUUUAUACUGCCGCCAUCACUUACCGCCAUGUACACUGUCACCAUAAUAGCCUUAAAACAUACUAAUGACAUUAUACAUGUAAUAAACAAUGUUAUAGCGUCACAGUCGGAGACUUUGGGAGACAUUGGCCCUCAUUCCGAGUUGUUCGCUCGCAGGCUGCUUUUAGCAGCUUUGCACACGCUAAGCCGCCACCUACUGGGAGUGACUCUUAGCAUAGUAAAAUUGCGAACGAAAGAUUAGCAGAAUUGCGAUUACACACCUCUUAGCAGUUUCUGAGUAGCUCCACACUUACUCAGCAUCUGCGAUCAGUUCAGUGCUUGUCGUUCCUGGUUUGACAUCACAAACACACCCAGCGUUCGCCCAGACACUCCCCCGUUUCUUCAGCCACUCCCGCGUUUUUCCCAGAAACGGUAGCGUUUUUUCGCACACACCCAUAAAACGGCCAGUUUCCGCCUAGAACCACCCACUUCCUGUCAAUCACAUUACGAUCACCAGAACGAAGAAAAACCUCGUAAUGCAGUGAGUAAAAUACCUAACUGCAUAGCAAAUUUACUUGGCGCAGUCGCACUGCGGACAUUGUGCAUGCGCAUUAGCGACUAAUCGCUCCGUUGCGACAAAAAAAUACACAGCGAACAACUCGGAAUGACCACCAUUGAUCAUAGCUUUCUAACCAACGUCUCUUCGAAAUAUUUGUUUUUACCGAUGUAUUGGGGGCGGGAUCAGCCAGGCAGGCUUGUGUGAUUGGCUUCCACAGCUAAGCCUGUACAUAUAGGAGAUAUGUGCUCCUUCCGUUACAUCCCCUGUAUUAUACACAUCUCAGGAUGUCACACCCGGUACUCAUACUCUGCAGUCACACACCUUACACAUGGAGCUAUUUGCUCCAGCAUAGGAAGCCUGGUAAUACUAAUUAUAUGACGGUAAGUGUAAUGUGUCAGUUUAUAACCAUUGCAGCGCAGCAGAAUAUGAUGUAACCUGACCAUUACACUUAGCGUCAUAUAGUAUUACCAGGCUUCCUAUGCCGGAGCAUAUAGCUCCAUGUGUCAGGUGUCUGACUGCGGAGUAUGUGGCUGACACAGGGUGUAAGUAGGGUGUGCGGGAGAUGCCGGGUGCUGGUGGUGACAUCAUCUCUGCCCCACAGCACCUGGAACGCCCCCCUGCAGCCAGUAGUGCUAAUGCGUAAUCGCUUCCGGUUCCAGCUAGACAGAAACCGGAAGUAGCAGAGACUAACCCUGUAUAACAGAAGCCAGCAAUCUGACUCUAUACCUUGACACAGAGAUCAGUGCAUCUUGAAACGCGUAGGUACGAGAAGCUUGCAGCACCUUUACUCAUCCAGUGCCGGAGCGCUAUCUAGAGAUUUCCGGUGUCUCAUUUUCUCACCACCCGGCUCACCCAGUCUGGUGUCUGGUAACAGCGGCCACUUCGGCCCACAUGUCAUUUUACUUGUACUUACCUGUGAAUGUUUUUACUUAGCCAGUUUGAUCUGAACAAGUUGAUAUCAUUUGGAUGCCACAUGUUUCUGAGACCAGUGACAAAGUAGCUGUUGCUAAUUGAGCCAUAACUAUUACACCUGCUGCAGGAUCAGUCACUUUGCUUAUUAUUGACAAACAUAGGGAAUCAUUUGUUUCUAAACUUAUUUUUAUUGUGUGUAUGUAAAGCGGCCGGUGGUUGUUCUUACCAAUCAGUGGUUGUGCAAUGUAACAAUUCCUUUUCUCUUUGUUGCCGGUACGUUGCAAGGGCUGAGUAACCCUUCAGUUACUGGCUGCAGCAGGAAUUAUUUAGAUAAAGUGCCUUGUCAAUUGUG